GACAAUUGAAUCGUUUGUCGAAUCUUCAUCCCUAUUCUAUCAUCCAACCAAGUAUGGGGGAACCAAUUCAGGAUAAGACACUGCCUAAUGGCGUUACUCAGCUCAGUGUGUUGCCAGAGGGACACGAUCCUUUCCAGCCUUACAAAGUGGAGCAGUUUGAUACUGGUCUGAAAUAUGACACUCUGCAAGUCCAUGGUGGUCAUCGGCCCGACAAAGAAACACAUGCCCGAGCAGUUCCUAUAUAUAACAGCGUUUCAUUCGUCUUUACCGACAGUGCCCACGCCAAAAGAGUGUGUGCAACUGAGGAAGCUGGAUAUUUCUACAGCAGGAUCUCCAACCCCACUGUGGCUGUGUUCGAGAAACGAGCCGCCGCUCUGGAAGGAGGCACGGCCGCUGUUGGUACGGCAUCUGGCCAAGCAGCAAUCUUCAACACCAUCAUUUGCCUAGCCGGGGCAGGCGACAACGUGGUGGCCUCCAUCAAUCUGUAUGGAGGUACAUACAGCCUUUUCAAAACACUGUUGCCUCGACUUGGGAUUACUGUGAAGUGGGCCAAGCAGGAAACAAAGGAGGAGUUUGCCAGACACAUCGACGAAAACACUAAAAUGUUCUUCGUCGAGAGUAUUGGCAACCCGCGUUGCAGUAUUCCUGAUCUCCAAGGACUGGCUGAUGUAGCACACGAAAACCAUAUCCCAUUUGUGGUUGACAAUACGUUCGGUGCUUGUGGCACGUGGUGCCGGCCUAUUGAGUUUGGUGCAGAUAUCAUCUUACAUUCCGCCACCAAAUGGAUGGGUGGUCACGGAACAACAGUCGGCGGAGUGAUCAUCGACUGUGGCACGUUUGAUUGGGGUGCAGCAGGCGAAAGGUUCCCUCGGAUGAUCAAGAAAGAUGGGCCAAUGAGUUUCUCAUACUGGAAAGCCUUUGGAAACAUAUCUUUCGCCAUGGCUAUGAGGAUUGACAUUUUGAUGGAGGUGGGCUCGAUUCUGAGCCCAGCCUCUGCGCAGCAACUUCUCAUCGGGAUGGAAACAUUGAGUCUGCGGUGCGAAAGACAUGCAAAGAAUACUUUGGAAAUUGCUCGCUUUUUGGAGGCACAUCCAAGAAUUGCAUGGGUCAACUAUCCUGGUCUCGAAAAAAACCAAUUUCACCAAAACGCCCAACGUUAUCUGAGAAACGGCUUUGGAGGCGUUCUCUCAUUUGGUCCAAAAGGAGGAGAUGUGGCCAGCAAAAUGCUUUUGAACUACGUUAAGGUUAUUUCUCAUCAAACCAAUGUUGGCGACUCGAAAACAUUGGCUACCCAUCCCUGGAACUCAACACAUGUUAUUAUGUCUGAAAAGGACAGGAGAGAAGCAGGAAUUACACCUGCUUUUAUCAGAUUCUCAGUUGGGACAGAGGACGUACGUGAUAUCAUUGAAGAUCUUGACCAAGCAUUGGCCAAGCUUCCGGAGAACAUUGUCAACGCCCAUGAUGAGAAACUGGAGGCUAAAGUCACAGCGGCUGCAAAUGGUAUUAUGGACACUUAUGGCGGCGGCAACGGGUACGUCGACUUUAUUGAUGCGGAUAUUUCGCUGUCUAAGUCCAAUGUUCCCUUGGGGCGUCAAACUGCAGUCGGUAACUGGUAGAUAACAAGUGCGUACUCUGUCGCACAUACAUUCAAGAUCGUUCGAUGUCCAAUUCACUCCUGCAAAGCGGGCUCAAUAGCGAUACUCAUGUCCAAUCCCAU